GCAGUGGGCCAGUUCUCGGGUGGGGGUAGUAGUCGCGUAUCAAGUUGCUCUGUCCCGGCAGAAGCAGCCAGGUGCUGUGGGUCCGGCUUUUUCUCCUUGCAUCAAGUGAAGGAGAAAAGUUUCUGAAUUGAGCCCCCAAGUUUUGGGGGACCCUGGCUUGCGGUGCGGGGGGACAGAGGAGGCUCGUGGGGAGGCCUCGUUUCCCCAUUUUAUUGGCGAGGAAGCUGAAGCACAGAGGGCUUAAGGCGUGGAUUCGGAUUCUGUGCUUGGCAGGCGAGCUUCCUGCAUGGAGCCUGCUCAGCCAGCAGAUGACCUCAGCCCAGCUCAGCUGCCUCCUGCCCUAGAGCCCGGGGACCCAGAAGACUCCAGGGAUGAGAGCCCUGACAGCUCAGACACCGUGGUCCUUAGCCUCUUCCCCUGCACCCCGGAGCCUGGGAACCCUGAUGUGGACACUGGGGUCCCCUCACCUCAGGCAGGCAGCUCCCUGAAGCACUCCACCACCCUCACCAACCGGCAGCGAGGGAAUGAAGUUUCUGCCCUGCCGGCUACCCUGGACUCCCUGUCCAUCCACCAGCUCGCAGCCCAGGGGGAGCUGAGCCAGUUGAGGGAACACUUGAGGAAAGGGGACAACCUAAUCAACAAGCCAGAUGAACAUGGCUUCACCCCUCUCAUCUGGGCCUCAGCCUUCGGCGAGAUUGGAACUGUCCGCUUCCUGCUGGAGUGGGGCGCCGACCCACACAUCCUGGCCAAGGAGCGGGAGAGCGCCCUGUCCCUGGCCAGCACAGGAGGCUACACGGACAUCGUGGGACUGCUGCUGGAGCGGGACGUGGAUAUCAACAUCUACGACUGGAACGGAGGAACCCCCCUGCUGUAUGCUGUACGGGGGAACCAUGUGAAGUGUGUGGAGGCCUUGCUGGCCCGAGGAGCUGAUCUCACCACGGAGGCUGACUCUGGCUACACACCCAUGGACCUCGCCGUGGCCCUGGGGUAUCGCAAAGUGCAACAGGUGAUCGAGAACCACAUUCUCAAGCUUUUCCAGAGGGACCUUGUGCCCGCUGACCCCGAGUGAUGGCCACCACCUGGGACUCGGACACUCAGGGAACAAACCAGGCAGCCCAGAGCCGGAGCCACCCAGCUGGCUUCAGAGGCAGCUCCAGCUCUCCAGCAGGGGAGAUGAGGCUGGACAGUGGUGGGAGGGGGCGGUCUCAAGAGGAACCAAUAAAACUUCUUUGCAAAACUC